AUGAGGGCCUGGAUCUUCUUCCUCCUUUGCCUGGCCGGGAAGGCCUUGGCAGCCCCUCAACAGGAAGCCCUGCCUGAUGAGACGGAGGUGGUGGAGGAAACCGUGGCCGAGGUACCUGUGGGCGCCAACCCUGUCCAGGUGGAAGUAGGAGAAUUUGAUGACGGUGCUGAGGAAGCCGAGGAGGAGGUGGUGGCUGAAAACCCCUGCCAGAACCACCACUGCAAACACGGCAAGGUGUGCGAGCUGGACGAGAACAACUCCCCCAUGUGCGUGUGCCAGGACCCCACCAGCUGCCCUGCCCCCAUCGGCGAGUUUGAGAAGGUAUGCAGCAAUGACAACAAGACCUUUGACUCUUCCUGCCACUUCUUUGCCACCAAGUGCACACUGGAGGGCACCAAGAAGGGCCACAAGCUCCACCUGGACUACAUCGGACCUUGCAAAUACAUCCCCCCCUGCCUGGACUCCGAGCUGACUGAAUUCCCCCUGCGCAUGCGGGACUGGCUCAAGAACGUCCUGGUCACCUUGUACGAGAGGGAUGAGAACAACAACCUUCUGACCGAGAAGCAGAAGCUGCGAGUGAAGAAGAUCCACGAGAAUGAGAAGCGCCUGGAGGGAGACCACCCCGUGGAGCUGCUGGCCCGGGACUUCGAGAAGAACUACAACAUGUACAUCUUCCCCGUGCACUGGCAGUUCGGGCAGCUGGACCAGCACCCCAUUGAUGGGUACCUGUCUCACACUGAGCUGGCCCCACUGCGUGCGCCCCUCAUCCCCAUGGAGCACUGCACCACCCGCUUCUUCCAGACCUGCGACCUGGACAAUGACAAGUACAUUGCCCUGGAUGAGUGGGCCGGCUGCUUCGGCAUCAAGGAGCAGGACAUCGACAAGGAUCUUGUGAUCUAAGCCCCGCCUCCUCCCGCAGAACCAGAUUCCCUCUCUCUGCCCUUCCCCUCCUCCUGUUCUCCCCAAUGUUUAAAAUGUUUGGAUGGUUUGUCGUUCUGCCUGGGGACAAGGUGCUAAUAUAGAUUUCAAUGAAUACAUUAACGGUGCUAAACAGGGAAAUUUUAACCCAAGUCAUGACAUUCUUAGCUGUAACUCAGCUCGCACGGCCUCUUGCUCACCCACUAAGGAGCCCAUUUUCUCUUGCCAUUUGCAGCUCUUGCCCCUUGUCUUAGUGACGUGUGGGUGGAAACUGAUCUGUUCAAGUCUGCCUUCAACGCACGUUGCAUCUCCGAUUUUCAUUCUUUUCUGUUUGAAACUAACACUCACAGAGAGAGAUUUUGUGUUAAUUACAUGUCAGGGUAUUGGCUGCCAGGGAUUCAUGCCUGAAGGUGGGCAAGGGAAGUCACAGACCCGUGACACUGGCAAGGCUCUUCCUGGGGCUAGAGGAUGAGUGGCGGGAGAAAGUUCCAGAACCCACCAGCCAGAAGCCCAGAUAAUUGUCUGCCCAAGGCUGUGUGAUGGAAAUACAGACGCUCUCGCCUAAACCCAGUUCCUCACCACUUCCCCUCACUUUUCAGUGCCAUUUCUUCCCACAUUUGGCUGUUUGUUCAAACUUCUCAGAGCCCAGAGCCAUGGACCAUCAGUUCUCUGGAAUCCACCACACCUCGGGGGGCGGGGUGGGGGCUGUGGAUCACUACAUCCGACAGGGGUGCCCCCCGCAACUAUCUUUGGGAGACGCAGAACUGGGAGGCCAAAAUCAAGAGUGAGGCGCAGGAAGUUGUAAAAUAGAAAAAGUGCAGUUGGUGAAGUGGUUUCGUUUGUGGGGGCUUUUGUUUUUUCUUUUUCCACAUUUGGAUACCUAUUAUGAGGGAUCUUUCCUUUGCUUUCUAGCAUGUUCCUCCACCC